CUAGUGUACGAUGUCUUGUUGAUUUGAAUAGUUCUAACUGUAAGCCCUGUAGUGCGGUUUGACUGAGUUUAGCCUGGGCUUACUUGGAGAUAUGGAGCAGACCGUCAGCGUCAACGCAGAUCCUGUUCAACACUCUGACAUGAACGGUCGUUUCACACAAUGGCGCAAUUGGGUUGGAUUCUGGCUCCUUGGGUUGUGCAACAAUUUUGCCUAUGUGGUAAUGUUGAGCGCUGCCCAUGACAUCCUCAAAAAGCAAGAGUCAGAAAACGCCACAGCAAAUACACCAUCCACAUUGACUGUGGAUUUCCAAGGUGGGAACAGUAGCAACGGUAGCCGCUAUGACUGCAAUCCUGUCUCUACCGCGGCUGUGCUGUUAGCUGACAUCCUCCCAACACUUGUCAUCAAGCUGUUUGCUCCUUUUGUAAUCCACAAACUGCCUUAUGGUUUCCGAGUGUUAUUCUGUGUCAUCAUGGCGGCAACAAGUUUCCUCCUUGUGUCCUUAUCUUCAGCUGUUUGGAUCAGCAUUUUGGGAGUGAUCUUUGCCAGUAUCAGCUCUGGACUGGGAGAACUGUCCUUCCUCUCUCUCACUGCCUUCUUUUCCAGGUAAACACUUAAUCCUUCCAUUCUUCCAUUAACUUGUAUUUUAAGUGUAAGGU